AUCACAUUCAACAAUAUAAGUGAGCAAGCUUUAUAUAACGUUACAAGUGAUAAAAGUUUACACUAAACUAAAAGUUUUAAAGUAUUUUGUGAAUCAAAUUUUUUUUAAAGUUUCGUGUAAUUAUUGUAAAGUUUUGUUAUGCUCUAAAAUGGGUUGCGGUCCCUCAAAAGGAAAUACUAACACAAUAGCAUCGGUUGGAAAUGGUAAUGCAAAUCCCGAUAACGAUCCUGGGCAUAAUGAAGGAUUGAUAUUUUUAGUAAUACCACCUCCAGUAGCGUUUGUUGUCCCGUUAGACGAAGAAUCAGGCGAAACACCAGCAUUAUCAGAAGGUUUACCUGCUCCACCACCAAGAAUACAACGUUUAUUAGAAGAUGCACCAAAAGCACCGCCAUCACCGUCCAGAAUAGAACGUAAAUUAGCUUCUGCAGAACGACGAAGACAGCAGAUUUUACAACAAAGAGCCGGAUCAACAAUGUCUGGUAAGGAACGGUUUCAAUCGUUAUCUAUUGAUGAAGACACCAAUGAAGAACCAUCAACAGAGAAUGGUAUAAAAACACCAACAGAAAACACAACAGAGACGAUAAAUGAAGAAGAAAAAGUUUCAUAGAUAUUUUCUUUUCUUUAGAUUUUAG